GAACUUAGAAGUGAGAAGAAAGCUAGCAGAAGUCGCGAUGGUGAUGGCGUGGAAAUGGAUCGUUCGAAGGACUCGCGAGUCCAAACCCUUUUUCUUUGCAUUCGCCACCAUAUGCGGCGUCGUUCCGGGAUUUAUCGGCUACGGUGUGAUGCAGGUCACCAAUACCCGCAGCGAUCAACUCGAAUCACAACUCCGUUCUAAGGCUCGCCCUGAAUCACUGAUGAUGGGACAAGUGAAUAAAGAGAGACUGGCAGAAUACCUUGGAGAGCUGCAGCGAAAGGAGAAUACUAAUGAUCGCUAUGUUGCUGCUCUAAGAGGAGAAACUCUAACGAGAAAACCUUAUGUGAGAAUUCAACCAAUUCCAGACCAAACUGGCAAGGAGCAGAAAAAUUGAACAAGUUACUCAUCUCUGGCUAUUGUGAAUAUAUGUUCUUUAAAUUCACAAUGAACGAUGCUGUGUUGUUUUCUUCUUUUCAUUGUUAAUCUCAUUUUAUCCCUGAAUGCAUUUAUUUAAACAAUCUUGUUCCUGAAGGAAGUAGGCAUCGUUAGAUGGAAAUCGAGUGCUCAUGGUUCCAUCCAAACAUUUACUAGUUAUACCUUAUUUCAGUUUUUCAUAGAAAAGGUCUAGUGUUGUCUUUGGAAUACAAACAUUUUAUAGGAUUUAUGCUUUUGUACUGAACUGUUUCUUCUUCUUAUUAUUACAAUUUUUAAAAUGAA